CUAAACGUCGGCCAGAAAAAUUUAUAUCUGUAUUCAAGACCAGAUGACGAGAAAGGGUAUUCACGAGAGAAUCUUGAGUGAGAAGUAACUGUAACUUGUGACACGCCAUUAAAUGAUCGUGCAGAAGGAACUUUACCAUGAUCCAACAGGAACGACUUGGAGCCCCAACCUUCAUUAUGUAACAAGCAUAGGAAGUAAUUGCAAGAAGUGUAACAAGUGUAAAAAAAAGUAUAUUAUGAUUAUCACCUCCUUCAUGUUCAUCAUCUGCAAAACUGUUGUUCAUUUUCUUGUUUCAUUGCGAAAAUGAGUUUCAAAUCUCAAAUUUUUAGAAGGUACCGGCAGUAGUUGUAGUACCCGUAUCGGCAGUAGCAUAAGAUAUCUGCCCACAGAAGAUUCCCUACGACGCAUCCAAAAUCGUCUCGUGUACAAAAAUCUCAAAAGUCUCAUGAUUGAAUCACAUCAAUCAAGUUCAAGUAGUACUUAUAAAUUUUCAUAGCUUUAUCUAGCUUGCUACUGACUGCUUAACCAUAGCUGGAGCGCUAGCUGCUUGGCCAUAGCUAGCUUGCUACUCAGGUUUUGCUUUAUUGUUCAUCACUUGUGCCUUUAGUUCUAGUCUUUUGAUUCAACUAAGAUAGAAUUUCAAAGCAAGUAGGUGUAGGAGGAAAUUUUGCUCCUGUAAAAACAAAACCAAAUUUUUCAGUUUGUUUCCAAGUUGCAUCUAGGAGCUUUCCUUUGUUCACGUCUCGCUCACUUUUUUAUGUCUAGUACUAAGAGUAAGAGUACUAAAAGUAGUAUCUCUAUGUAUAUAUAAUCUGUACCUAAUAUACUAACUACUAACUAGGACAAGAUAGAUCGACUUGAUCUUGAACUUGACCAACGCAAGUAUUACAGAUGAGCGUUUCUCCCGAAACCGCAGGGACAAUGAGUGAGCAGGAGACGCAGGAACUUGCUGCGCCUGCUGAGCGCGAGGAGAGCCCGAUCGGGCUCCUUGGUGCUCAAAUCGACCUAGUGUCUUUGAAGAUUGGUCGCGCCUAUGGCCGAUUCGCAGUCCAGUUUCCGCUAGCUUGCGUGUGUUUUGGGCUUCUAUUGCCCUUGCUGCUGGCCAUCCCGCUGUUUGUGGCCAUCGGAGACGGGCGUCGCGGACCGACGCAGGUGGGCAAAGGUUUCGUGUUUCGCGGGGAUUACGGAGUUUUUUCGCCCUACGAUAGUGAGGUGAAGAAGCAGUACGACGAGAUCAAACGCACCAUCACGGCGGGGCGCAUCAGCUACCGCCAAGCCGUGGGCACGGAAACGUACAAGGGUAAGCACUACGGCGUGAAAGCGCACGAAGCGGGAUGCAAGGACUCCAUCGAAACGGGGCAGUCCGAUGGCGACCAAAUCGCGUUCCUCUUCCAGUUGCGCGAUCCCAAGGAAGCGGCGACGGUCACAGACCAGGGCCUCUGCAGCACGAGCCGCCUAGACGCCAUCUGGCAGUUCGAACAGUACAUGCGCAACAGAAAGACUACGACCGGGAAGAGCUGGACCCCGGAUUUUUGUCCGGUGAACCGCAAAAUGCGCUACAAAAGUACCUCGGAGUACCACCGCACGCCCUGCGGCGACUUUAAGGGGCAGGAUGUGGGCAAUCCAGCGUGCAAGACCAGCGGGAAUUUGUUCGUGAACCCAGUGACGAUGGCCCAAGGCUGCCAGUGCGCAGCGGGCCCAGCGGCGUGCAGCACCAACCACAACGGUUACGGCGAAAGACCGCACCCCUACUGUGUGGCGCUGCUGUCGAGUGGUUGCUUUGACUUGACAACGGAGGCCGACGGCGCGCAAACGUCGCAGGCAGCCUGCGUUUCGAACGCGGUCGUCGGUGUACCGACGGACCAGAUGAACACGGAGUACUGGUGCUCUCCCUACUCCUUCGCCUCCACCAUUGGUUUAACCGAUCCUGUCUUAGAUCAGGUCUCUGCCACGCCGAAUAAUCGGCGCUACUGGCAAGCCAUGCUGGAUUACAGUGCGAACCCGCUGAACGAGAUCUCGGACGGCCCGAGUCGCAUGACCAUGGCAAAUCUGCCGAUUACCAGCUACAUGUCUGGUUUCAUGGGCUCGCAGCUGAUGGCGGUCUCGCACACGGACAAUCGGCCUGCAGCCGUGCAAGCGGACUGCACCGACCCCAACACAACUCCGGACGCUGCAGGCACUGCCUACGCGUGUCCCGUCGAGCCGCUUGCAACGAUGAUUUCGACAAGGCAGGCCCUCGGAGUACGCCGUGCCCUAGACGAAAGCAAGAACGGCAUCAAUGCGCAAAGGAAAAUCGAGCAAGAGCAGAGAAAGUCCUCUUCGACGAGCGUGGAAAGACAAAGGGUUUCAUCCUCCUCGUCAUCGUCCUCGUCUUCGGGCACGAAAAAGACGCUGAGAAAGCUGAUGGAGGAGAAGCAGGAUGAGGUCCUAGCGGAAGAAGCGCUGCGACGAUAUCUGUCCACCUAUACGUACGGCAACUGCACGGACGAUAACACAGCCCUACUCGCGAUUCCGGGUCUCCCAGCUGGUGUCACCUCCUGUGACGAUGUGACCGCCGCCAUGUGCAGCGUGCGCAGCUACUCCCGGUGCGACCAGAUAGGACAGGCGUGCAAGGCAAAAUGCGCAAGCUUCGACGCGUCGCACUGCCUCCAGCUGGAGCCCGCUUCUCAGAUUGGACGACAGGAUGAGCCCUAUUGCGCUUCCUUUGCCGGCAAUAUGGCGCUGGCGAACGGGUGCCUAACCACGGCUAAUACCACUACGGAGUGCAAGACCUCGUGUCUGGCCUUGGGCUGUCAAUAUCUGACGCACCAGACCUAUCUGGACAUGCUGAGCAACCGAUACGACCUGUCGGCGGGCGCGGUGUAUGCAGCGACGGGCGGAAACCUGGCCUCGGCUAUGGCCGCUGCCGGCGCUGGCAAGAAGCUGCCUGGCUGCCACGCCUGUGCGGAUGACAACGAGGCAUUUUCGGCGAACAGUGUGGCCCGCAUCCCGUCAUGCCACCAGACGCCAACGGUCUCGUGCAAAUGUGGUGCGGAUCUUGGCGGCUGCGUGAUCAAGCCCGACUUCCUGUCCCAGAUGGGCGCGUCUUUGUGUCCGCAAGCCUGCAGCUCGCACGUGGAAAGCUGUGCCAAUCCCGCUAAUCACGCGUUCCGCGAGGCGCUGGACACUAGCUUCGCAACGGCAACACUCGCGGGCCAAGCCGCGGUCGCCGGCUUCCAUACCAAAUGUCAGGGCUGUUUGGGGUACCUAGCGGCGGACGCCAAGUUUCGCCCCUACAAGAUUUCGCAGUGCAAGACUUUCUUGGCGCUCAUUCGCUUGCGCCCCGAAUGCUCGCUCAACCACCCGGACUACGCGCGCAUGGCCAAUGGCAAGGCGCCGGCGCUCACCCUGAAGGACCGCGAAAAGUGGAUCGAUGAGGUGAUCGAGGAGUACAAGGCUAACUACGGCCUCGACGACGACGAUCAGAAACCUACAAAAGCGCAAUACAAGGCCUUGGACGACCAGGGCGUGGACGUGUACCUGUUUCACACCAAAUGGCUCAGUAUGGAAAUCGAGGCGGUGAUCACGCGCGAGAUCGGAAACCUGGUGGGAACCUUCUUCUUGAUGAUUUUCUUUCUUAUUUGCGCGAUCGCACUGAAGACGAGCGCGUCCGGCAUGCCGGAAGGGUUUCUGCCGGGACGCAUGGUUGUGUCCAUGCUCGUCGUGCUGCAGCCGGUGCUGGCUGUCCUCCUCGCUUGGGGCGUCGGAGCGAUUGAGAUGUGGUCUAUGGGCGGCGACGUGGACGAAGAUGGCAAGGACGACGGCGUGCUGGCGCUCACCGUGCUCUCUCCUCUGGGCGUGCAUCUCUUGCUGGCCAUCAUCGUUGAUUACGACAUCAUUCUCGUUCGCGCCUUCGACCGCAUGCGUCCGGAGUUGUCCUUCGAGGAGCGCUUGGAGCAUGCCGCGGGCUACGCGCAUCGAUCCGUUCUCAUGUCUUGCCUGGCCAUUUUUGUCGGCUACGCCUUUGGUUCCAUGGUGGACGUGCUGGCUCUGAAGCACUUCGCGUGGCACACCGCGUUCGGAAUGCUGGGACUCUACAUUACGCUCUUCUCGCUCUUCCUGGGUGGCUUCGUGCUCGUCGAAACUUACUUCCCGGGAGGCGCCAAAACCGACGAAAAGGAGUAAGCGAUUCUUGCUUUCGCCUUGUGGAUCAACAAUAUCACUUGUGGUGAAAGUAGCAAAAUUAUAGGAACAUGAAGAUGGAAGACGAAGAUCUAGGAGCACUGUAGUAGGUUUAGCUUUAGGUACAUUUAAAUGCUCAAAUAACUCAUCUACUCAAAAACACCUGCUCAAACAUCUCGAUCAGGAAGCGCGCUUCCAGCGGAGUGGAGCCGAAGUCUAUUCGCAGUUGGAGCGAUAAGCAGGUCCAGCAGAACAUGCACUCUUUGACCAAGACCACCGAUGUGGAUUCCAUGUUCUCCAAGAUUGUCGGACACAAGGCUUGCAUCGCGGUUGCGCUCUGUCUCGAAGUGGCCUUGCUGAUCGCUGGUGCGGUCAAGUUCUCGGACAUCAAGUUGAGGCUUCAUCUGGGAAUCCAUCUUCAAAAGCAUCUUAGAUCUUUGUUUCUUGGGGUUCUUCUCUUGUAAGGGAAGUAAGGGACAAACAGUACAGACUCAAGUAGAUGUGACAUUUUCAAUGUGACUUUCAAGAUGGAUAUGCCGGUAUUAAGAUCUAAUCCGAGUGGAAUUCAACGGUAAGGACUACCUGAACGAGGACAGCAGGGCUCGCCAGUUUCUCGAUGUGCUGGAGGGUAUGGGUGGGUUCAGCGAUUACAUCACCUUGUACCUGCCUCCGAGUUCGCGCGGGCAAUACCACAAGAGCGCGAACCGCGCGCAUUUUCGGUCCGUGAUCCAGCAGUUCAUGGCGGACGAAAUUUCUUCGCCGAUCGGGGUUCCUGGCGUUUUCUCUUGGUUGGAGGAGUUCGAAAUGCAUCAUAGGGGCCUGCGUGGUGACUACUCCUUGUCGGACCCAUUGAGUGCCGCAACGCAUCUCGGGUGCAAGGCCUGUCCGUUGAAUUUGGUCAUGUCCGGCACCAAUAAGCGGCUUCCGUUUGCAGGCAACCCGAUGGCCUCGAUUCCACUUCCGACUGGCACGUCCGUGAGCGCAAUCCAGAUGUAUCUGAGUGUUAAGGCUUAUCGUAAUAAAUUGUAAUUCAUCUGAAGAAGCAAUGCCUCUGAAGCUGGAUCUUUGGUUUGAAGACCCCUGUGUAUAGAUAUGAUGAUAAGGGAAAAUAAAAACGGGUCCAAGAUGCUUAAGCUUUUCAAGAUGAAUACGGGUGGUGUCUAAGAGUGGAGCUGUUCCGGGGCAGAGUUUGUUUACCAACGUCGGAAAGAAAGGUCGCAGCCGCUUCACCUUGACCGGUAUCGACAGCAACUAUGUCAACUCGCUCUUGACCGGCAACGGCGCGAACGUCACCGACGCCACGGCGCGCGCACAGGCCCUUACUAUCAGCUAUCCGCAACUUGCAGAAGUAGGCGGAACGGGCUACGAAAUCGCGGAGAUUUACGACGGAGGGCCUUUGGUCGACGCCAACGGAGCCACUAUGCCGCCUCCGAUGACCGAAUCGCUGGAGAACCUGAACCUGAUCUACAGUGUCGACCCCGUGAGCAGCGCCACGGAUAUGAGCGAUUUCGCCGACAUGGCCGCGCUCUUGGCUGACGUGGCCACGAAAGCUCCGGGAAAGUGGAUUCUCUUCAUGUUGCGCGAUCCGCACAAGGAGAAGUACUCGAACCACAACACGUUCGCGAGUGAGCGCCGCACCUGUCCUGCGCUGCACAAGAGCUACUUUGAACAGCGGCAGUCGUACUACGAAACCGACGAAAACGCCUUCUACGACUACCUGCACUCUUGGUACGAGGAAGCUGAUCCAAGCUCCUGCUGCACGUCGCACAUGAAGCAAUUACGGUUACAAGAAAAGCCGGACAUGACGAAGCCCCAUAUCUCCUUCUGGGGACGCACGGAAGGAGAGAACAUCGUACUCGAUUUGAAAUACUUUGAGCUAGAUGUGGUUGGUCGUUUUGGGAGGACAGGAACUUCUUUACGGAUACGGAAACGAACUUUGUGCUGUAGUAACAAUUUGUCCUAACACAUAGGCUACUGCGUUCAACCACAGAUCGAUGUGGAAAGAUAGGUCAAAACAUAAAAUUCGAAACUGACUAUUGCUUUUUAGUAGACAUUCAUAUAAGUAGUUGUAUCUCGAACAAGAUAACUGAGAAUAACCUCCAUCUUGACCUUCCAGAUCUGGGACCUUGCUAACGGCGCUGGCGAUGUGAAGGUUGCGAAGGGUAUCCGAGCCAGCGUGAUGCGAAUCGCUUGUCGAGCGCCUCUAGAUCCGAGCAAGCGCGUGAAGGCUAUGAAGCGUCUAAAGAAGAUUUUGACUGAUGCGCGCGCCGCUCGUCCAGACUUGUGGGGAUCGGAGAAAGAGUCCUUCGUCGUCUCCUCCUUCUUCGAGAACAGUGAGCGUGACGACAAGAUGCUGGACUCGCUCACGGACUAUCUGUUCGUCGUCACUCUUGCUGCUACCAUCAUGAUGAUGGUCUUCAUGCAUCCAUACUACGGGCUUUUGGUACAAAUAAUAUUAAGUAUUUAGAUUUAGAUUUGCAUGUUUUGCUUUUGUUAUUGUUGACAUGAUCAUGAACAUGAAGAUGAUGACUGCUUAGAUGUGUAUGUUAACUCCUUGUUGUUGUUAGUUUGGGCUCAUCAUUUGGUCGUCUCGCUCAAAAAAGAUGAGUAAGAUACCUCCUGUGCUAGUAAGUUGUAACUCGAUAUGCAGGUCGUAGUCUAUUACUACCUUUAAUCCACUAGGACAAGAUAUUAAUCAUUCUUGUUCAAAUUCUUCCAACUCAGGUUGGCGCUUUUAUGCUCAUCUGCAACGUCCAAAUUGUUGGCUUGCUAGCAUUGUUCGACAUUAAACUGGAUGUGAUCGUGCUGGCGGUGCUGGUGAUGGCGAUUGUUAUGUCCACAAUGCAUAAGAAACUGAGCUAUUUUCCUCUACACCUACUCUACUUCUGCUAGUAGUUGUAACAAAUGAAAGAGCAGCGUUUCUGGAAUCUGGAUCUGGCUUUUUUCAUUUCAUUUACAGUAGUUUGAGUUUCGUGAAGACAAAAAAAUAUGAGAGCAAGGGAGACUUCCCAUUAAACUACAACUCGAUGAUUCGCUUCGCUCCUUCCUCUAAUCUGCGUUUCGAGAUCGAGUACUGUAUUCACAUCGUGCACUCGUUUUGCCACCAGAAGAGCGGCGCCACAGGUCUCGAACGUUGUGCCUAUGCUCUCCAGGACAUGGGCGUGACGGUUUUUACCGCGUUUUUGUCGACUGCUGUGCAACAGUUGGUUCUGUUGAUCUUUGCCACUUCCCUGGCCUUCGAACAGUACCCAGCGAUGCUGCUGUUGGUCGUGAUCAAGUCUGGCAUGACGGGCUUCGUCUUUGCGCCAGGCCUCAUGGGAGUCGGGGACGCGGUCGCGACCAUGAUUAUCCGCAAAGCGAAAGCAGAGAGGACAAGUCCGCAGAAUGCUGUAGACACUUCGCAGGUGGAGAUGGAACAGAAAGCGGACGCUGGAGCAGGAGGUGCUGCAGAAGGGUAAUAGUAAAAAAGCACUUAGUACUUAAGAAGUACACUCUCCUAGUCCUACUAUGGUGAUGCAUCAUGAUCAUCUUGUUCCAAAUCUAUAAGAACUAUAUUCAUGAAUCAAAAUCAAUAUGAAUAUCUGUAAUAUUGAAUGCUAGGUGCUGGUCGUGUACUAGUGCUACACCUAGUUGUAGUACAUGUACACGUCCAGUAUCUAUCAGUUCGACCUUUUACUCAAAGUCAAAAAGCAAGUUUUCUAGAACAUAUAAAUCUGUCAUGCAGUCCAGAAUUCUUCAUCUUGAUGUCGCAUACAGUUAUAUAGAAACAUACCGGAAGCGGGAGACGUAGACGAAACCAAAUGCUUCGAGGACUUAAGUAAUAAACUUCGACCACGAUAGUCGUGAAUUAAUAUGAGUAGACUAUUAUCAUAGAGCACAGAGCUAGAUAAGUAUAGAAUUCGUUGUGCUGCGUUCGCUUGUUGUGGUGGGCGGUGUCGGUAAUGUGUAAAAAAAGUGUAUGAAAGGUUUCGCCUUCGCUUCUUGACUAUAUUUCGACUUCCGUAAGAGAUUGAAACUUUUUACUAAAAUGUACAUUAUCAUUAGAAUGUGGCUGCACGGCGUUGCAUUUUUUGUAUGGUUCAUCGAUCUAAACCAGUCCUUGUUAAGCAUCAAUCAGUAUUCGUAUUGUUGAAUAGAGUAAGAUACAUCAGCUUCUGCUUCCGUACCUUGCUACUUUACUCGAACAACUACUAGCAUGUUUUUUAGUGCAUGUAGUCUAGUAUUUCUCGAUCCCGUGCCGGCUGCAGUGAUGUUGAUGUCGCCACUUCCUAGAAAAUGUCGGUAGGGUCGAGCUGUCUUCUUCGUGGUAGGUUUUCGCCGGAAAAGAACACAGGAACAAGCGGCAACAGUAUGACGAUGAAAAGUUUGUCUUUUUGAGUAACACCAUGAUCCUGGCACGGUAUUCUGGCAUCAACCUUUUAGCUGGUGCAUGCCUCUGCCCUCUCACAUUUGGUGGGGCUCAGGCUCUGCUUUCCUGCUUAUGAAUAACUUGCCUCCCUCCGUCAGUGGUUACUUCUUGUGUAUAAACUAUCGAACUCGAAAUAAGUUCAAACAUAAAAAAAUGAACUGAGUUCAAGUAGAUGAUGAUGACGAUGAGGUGUUGUAGAGACGGAAGAUGAGCUGAAGCAGCGCUGUAAUAGUGUAAAAAAAAAAAAGCUACACCAGUGUAACAAAUGUAUCAUCAUCAUUAGUGCGACGUCCGCGCCGUUUUCGUUAUAUAUCAUGCACUAAAAAAAAAUUUUCUACUAUUGCUAGCUAUUUGGUGUAUCCAUCAAUCUCGUCGAUUUCAAUUUUUUAAACUUGAGUAAUAUUUGUAAAACAAGAAUAGUGAAUUAUGCAGGAGCAGUGAAAAAGUCAAAAGUAAACUGUCGAGUCAUACGAAGUAAAGCAAGUCCAAGUCGUGAAGUCUGGGGUACUAAUCCACGCACCAGGUAGAAGAUGAUACAGGCGCUUAGUGGUCAAUUUCAACAUCGUCUUUAUUUUGCAGAGUCGUGAGAAGCUGUGCCACAACUUUUUCGUUGCUAUAGUCGUAGAAAGACAUAUGCAGGUCCAUGCAUAGCAGUAGGCAACAACUAUGUCUGAGUCUGCUACUGAAGUAGUAUCUACUAAUUUAGAUGAACAUCCGAUAUUAUUAUUCUUAUAACUAUAAAUUAGAUGAGCAUUGUUAUUAUUAUUAACCUAGGGAAGUCGUAGGUCCAACCCGAACCGACUAACAUCAUCGGACGAACAUGGAGCACACUAUGACUAAGUAUUUUUACAAUCAUGAUCCCCAUGCCCGUGAAAAGAAUAACCACCAAGUUUCAACUCUUCUUAAGUCAAAAUGUGUCGGCCCGUGACAAGAAUAACCAAGUUUCAACUAUUUCUUGAACAAUGUUCAAGCCCAGCAUGUUGUUGGAGCUCACUGCCUUUCGUGUAUGCGAUGAAAGCGAAAGCAUUUGAGUCAUCCGCUAUCACUCUCGUAACUUCUGCAACGAAUACGAAGAGAAGAUUUAGUAGAGAAAUUCUACGCUGUUCGUCUUCGUAUUCGUUGCGAGCGGGUCUGUCAUUCUACGCUGUUGCAAUCAUGUUCAUUGAUUCGACAAUUCAUUGCAAAUCUUCUCCGGUUGGAACCGUUGCGCGACCUGAAGUACUAAUAUCAGG